CAAUAUCUUAGUACCAAACAUUUCCUGCACAGUAACAUCUCAGACACUGCUGGUAAGUAAGAGUUAAAUGAGGCGAUUUAUAUUAUUUUUCAGAAUAUUAGAAUAAAUGAAAUGGGAAUUUUUAGCCCAGAAGGCUAUGGUGAGAUUACAUUUCUUAAGUAUAAAUGAGAGGAAGGUGUGUACUGCAAUGUAUAGAAUAAAGGUAAACGUGAGGUGGUCAAUGAAACGGUUAAUGAUUCACAGUUACCAUCAAUGUAUUUAAAUUUCAUUUUUUUUCACUCCUGAUAUGUCUGGCGAGGAGCUGGGGAGGGAGACACAUUAAACACCAACAUGUAAUGAAUUGAAUGUUGAACUGCCAAAUUCCAGCUAAAACAACAAAGCUGUAACUAUAACUGAAUUGGAGAUUAUGUUCAAAUAUACUAUUUUCCUUUCAAUUUUCAGCUGGUAUUUCGAUGCUUUAUAAUGUACUGUUUAGUUAAUAAACCACAUUUGUCAACCGCCCCUUGCAGCUCCCUCCCAGCAUAUAGUAGAUUAGGGAACUCUGAAGAUUUUUCAUGACUUUAUUUUUAUUGAUUUGUUUUGGUGAAACAUUUCUGCAACUGUAGCAGCAGUACCUUGCCCACCGACACGUCUGACACUGAAAAUAAUUUAAUAUAGGUGCUUUAAAGAAUUAAUUUUGUUAUAUUACAGUUUAAAAAUGAGUUACCGAGUUAUUGCAAUAUGUGUGUAAUUUGGGUCCUUUCCAUAAAAAGCUUAAAGGGAUUCUCCAGUGCCAGGAAAACAUAUUAGUUUUCUUGGCACUGCAGGACCCUGCAGUGCCCCUCUCCUUCCGACCCCCAGUCCCAAGUUGCUGAAGGGGUUAAAUACCCUUCAGUGACUUGCUGGAGUCCAGCGCCGAUGUCCAUUAGGCGCAGUCAGGCCCUGCUUACUCUCCUCCCCCGCCCACAUCAGCCGGUGGAGGAGACCUAAUACGCAUGUGCGGCAAUGGCUGCGCACGUGCACUAGACCUCCCCAUAGGAAAGCAUUAUUCAAUGCUUUCCUAUGGGGAUUUCGGCGACACUGGAGGUCUUCACAUAGCUUGAGGACGUCCAGCAUCGUAUAACACACUUUUCGUGUUCUAAGAACACGGAAGUCCCUCUAGUGGCUGUCUAUCAGAGGACUUAACCCUGCUAGGUAAUUAUUGCAGUUUAUGAAAACUGCAAUAAUUACACUUGCAGGGUUAAGGGUAGUGGGAGUUGGCAACCAAACCACUCCAAUGGGCAGAAGUGGUCUGGGUGCCUGGAGUGUCCCUUUAAGAACCACUGUCUUAAAGAAAAGAUUGUAUUAGGGCUGCUUUUCAAAACAAUUAAUUAAACAUUAUUCAGAACUAGAAAAGCUACAAUUUCUGGGGAAAUUGUGUGAAGUGUUCUUGCCUCCACCAGUAGUCUACAACUGGAGUGGGCGGAGUAACUGUUAUUUAUUUAUAUAGCACAUUUAAUUGCAAUGUUGUUGCCCAAAGUGCUUCACAGUUACAUUAAAACAUACAUUUAUAAAAAAACAUUAGCAGGUGUACAAAAGGCCCUAUCUAUGACAUCACUUGCUGCUCCAGCCUGGCACAGGUCAGAGUAUUUUGGCGGUUGCCAUCUUCAAAUGGUCGUAUUUUAAAAACUAAUACAUCCUACAGCAAAGAGCUUUAUAUUGUGAGAAUUACAAGACCCAGACCUACAUUUUGAUGCAUAGUAUGUCUCUGAAGUAUUAAAAAUGAAGGCACAGUCGCAGUUUACAAAUUGCCCUUCAAAUUUAAGCUGGCUGGAGUGGAGUUUCAAUGAAUGUCAAUGGACGGCGUGAGUUGAAAACAAAUGGUCAUAUUGUGUAAACUAUCAGGACUAUGGCUUAGCCGUGGACAUGUUUAGUGGCAGCAGGGAUAGCUGAACAUUUAGAUAUAAGAUUUGUAUAGGUGGGCUUGAAAAUGAGGGAGUGGUGGCAGUUUAGAAAUCAUGUCCUGAUUUUUCAGCUUUUGUCAGCUCCCACUUUAGUUUUGACCAUUUUGUCAUUCAUUCCUAUGGGACCAAUUUUGCCACAAGAACGACAAUAUUCUGUGAACCAUUUGGCGUAACGUUCCACAAAGUAAUAGCAAUCCGAUCGGCAACAAUCCGCACGUUUUGGUAUAUUUCUGUCUAUGUAGUGUAAAAACUGUGGGAGAAGUUAGGGUGGUAAAUUUGGCUAUAAUAAGAAUAAUAAUAUAUAUGUGAGAUAACAUUAAGUGGUCUUGCUAUGCCAGAACACUUAAUAAAAAAUACAGUCACAUUCCCAGGCUUUGUAGUUUUUGCUUUGUGAGCUUUCAAGAAACCAGGAAGUGAUUUAGCCAACUGUGAUUCUCACGUAACUUGCUAUAGCACUUUUUUCCCCCCCAGUGUCAACCUUAUAUUGGAGAACGCUAGCAAUAAAACUCCAAAGCACCAAUGAAAAAUUAUGAAAAAGAAAAUAGUAAAGCAUCUGAACUACAACUCCCAGAAGAUAGGGCAAUGUAUACAUCAGUAUUUUUGAAGCAAAUGGGGAAGAGCCGAAGUCUUUACAUCAGACCAGAAAGACUGGGAAUUUCAAGCCGAACCAAUCAUUAUUAAAAUAAUAUUGGCUACUCCAAUAAAAAAGAGGUAAUAUGAUUUUUUUUUUGUGGCAAUUUACCAUUGCACCAAACCUUUAAUAGGAGUAUUUUUGCAAGCUCUUACAUAAACUGUGAAUGGUUCUGGUUGGAUGUUCCCACCACUUACAGAAAAAUAUUGCUGUAGCUGUUUGGUUGAACCAACAGAUGUGAGAUUGGUUUCUUGAAGAAUAUGGUGGGAAACAAAUAAUCCGACACGUUCGAUAUCGGAGAGAGAUAUAUUCUAAGAACCUAUGUUAUCGCUGGGUCACAAGUUACAAGUAAUCAGUUGCCCAUACGGCCAAGAAACAUAGAGGUGGAACAUUUGAUUCCAUGCCUCAGAUAAACCCUAUGUGAACCUCUAGUGAUAAGCUAAAUAACAAUAAUAUAAUAAUAAUAAUUUGCAAUUUUUAUAGCGCUUUUCUCCCUGUGAGCAGGGCCAGAUUAAGAGCCCAGUGGGCCUGGUGCUGACAAUUAUAAUGGGGCCUAAUUACAGAAUCUUAUCGACCAAAAACACUAAAACAGUCAUACCUCUCAAGCGUCAUGUAUCUGAUGGAGUUGGUGUUGGAGGGAAAAGGAUGCAGCCAUAAAAAAACACAUACUCUAUGCUAAUCUCUUUAUCUAAUUUAUGCUUUCAUCUUUCAAGUAAAUCCAUACCAACAGCAGUGUCCAGUGAAGCAGGAAGCUAAUUGGCAGGGUAAAAGAGUAGGCCACUGAUGCAAAUCACAUGACCAGAACUGCCAAAAGGGGCAAACAUGCCCAAAAAGGGGGUAUGUCUGUCCAAAGAAUUGGAAGGCCAGCCUGGCAUCAGUGUCCCUAUGCAUCACAGUGUCAGUGUCCCCAUGUCGCCCAGUCCUCUAGUCUCCCAGUGUCUGUGUCCCCAUUUCUCCCAGUGUCCCCAUGUCUCAGUGUGUCCCGUGUCACUAGAAUACUAGGGGACACAUAGACACGGGGAAACAGAGAGACAUGGGGGCACUGAGACACUUGGGGACAUUGGGAGACAUAAGGGGACUUGUAGAUACAGACAUGGGACACUGAGAGACAUGGAGACAUGGGGACACAGACAUUUGGGGACACUGGGAGAAAUAGGGUCACAGACACUAGGGACACAGACAUGGGGACGCAGACACUGGGAGACAUGGGGACACAGAGACACAGGGACACUGAAAGACAUGGGGGCACUGACACACUUGGGGACACUGGGAGACAUGAGGGCACUUGUGGAUACAGACAUGGGGACACUUGGAGACACUUGGGAACACAGACAUUUGGGGACACUGGGAGAAUUGGGGUCACAGACACUAGGGACACAGAGACAUGAGGAUGCAGACACAUGGGGACACUAGGGACACUGACUGGGAGACAUAGGGACACUGGGAGACAUGGGGACACAGACACUGGCUGGGAGACAUGUGGACACUGGGUGACAUGGGGACACAGACAUUUGGGGACACUGGGAGACAUGGGGACGCAGACAUUUGGGGACACUGGUAGCCAUGGGGACACUGGGACACUGGCUGGGAGGCAUGGGGACACUGGGAGGCAUGGGGACACUGUGUUCCUAGUGUCUCCGUGUCCCAAUGUGUCUACCUACAUCUCACAGCGUCCCCAUGUGUCUCAGUGUCCCCAUGUCUCACAGUGUCCCCUAGUGUCUCAGUGUCCCCAUGUCUCCCAGUGUUCCCUAGUGUCUGUGUCACCAUGUGUCUCAGUGUCCCCAUGUCUCCCUGAUGCCUUUCCCCUCAUCCCUCAUAUGCUGUAACUUCCUAUCCCUGCAACUCUCCAUACACAGUGACCCCAUCACGGCCAGGCAGCCUCAAAUACCGGCUGUGCCUUAAAAUACCAGUCAGGUAGCAAACCUAAGAGUAGUGUGUGUGUGUGUGUGUGUGUAAAAAAUAAAUAAAUAAAUAAAUAUAUAUUUUUUUAAAUAGGCCUGGGCCUGGGCCCGGAGCUGUAGCUCCAUCAGCCCCUAUGUUAAUCCGUCCCUGCCUGUGAGACUCAAAGAACUCUCCAUAUAUACAAACAUAAAGAUAUAAAUUAGGAGUUUCUCAUUGCCAGAUGAGCAGACUGAAUGCCUGAUGGAAGAGGUGGGUCUUUUUAAAAAAAAUAAAAAAAAUUCUUUAAAGGACCACUAUAGGCACCCAGACCACUUCAGCUUAAUAAGGUGAUCUGGGUGCCUGGUCCAGCUAGGUUUAACCCUUUUUUUCUAUAAACAUAGCAGUUUCAGAGAAACUGCUAUGUUUAUAAAUGGGUUAAUCCAGCCUCUAGUGGCUGUCUCAUUGACAGCCGCUAGAGGCACUUCAGCGCUUCUCACUGUGAUUUUCACAGUGAGAAGAUGCCAGCGUCCAUAGGAAAGCAUUGUGAAUGCUUUCCUAUGGACUGGCUGAAUGCGCGCAGCUCCUGCUGCGCAUGCGCAUUCAGCCAAAGAGGAGGAGAGGAGGAGGAGAGCUCCCCGCCCGGCGCUGGAGAAAGAGGUAAGUUUAACCCCUUCCUCACCCUAGAGCCUGGCGGGAGGGGGACCCUGAGGGUGGGGGCCCCCUCAGGGCACUAUAGUGCCAGGAAAACAACUGUUUCCCUGGCACUAUAGUGGUCCUUUAAGGAUGGUGCCUCUCUGAUUGAGCACGAUAAGGAGUUCCAGAAGGUUGGGGCAGCGUGGCUGAAUGCCCUGGAACCUGAGUUUGUCUUUAUUCUUGGCACUGGCAGAAGGGAUUUGCUGGCUGACCGAAGUGAACGAGAUGGAAUAUAGGGUGUCAGGAUCUCUUUCAGGUACUAAGGGCAUUGAUUGUUUAAGGUUUUGAUGGUUAGCAGGCCAAUUUUAAAAUAUGUUCGCCAUUCAAUUGGAAGCCAAUGCAGGGAGUGGAGAAAAGGUGUUAUAUGGCAGGAGCGAGUUUGAUAGGUCAGUCAUCUGGCUGCUGCACUUUGUAUUGUCUGAAGGUGAUGGCGUUCAGUAGGUGUCAGUGAACUAAGAGCUAUGCAAUUAAUAUAUUUCACUAUAUGUUACACUAUGUAUUUCAAUUCACCAUUUAAAUGAGUAGGUAAAGUGUAGAUAUUUGCCAUUUAUUCACCAAAUCUCAAAUUGUAGCGAAUAAAAGUCUAAGAAGCAAAAUCUAGGAUAAAAAAGCCAAGCUAUGACUAUAAACUUUUCCAAAUUAGCAAUUUUUUUUUGACAUUUGGAUAACAAUUUUUCCUGCAUAUCAGCAAUUUAGUAAAUAAAACCUGCUUUAAAUAGGGCAGGUGUUUGGUGAAAUGUCUGGAUUGUAUAGGUGUACUACAGUAUUCUGUUGAGAAAUUUGUAGCCAGCUGCCAAAUUAAAUUAAUAAAAAUAUAUAAAUAUUAAAACUUUAUAUGAUCCCCAUGUUAUAAACUGUCCUUGUACCCACACCUGCCAUGCUGUGCGUGUAGGCAUAUCUACUAAACAAUGAGUAGCCACUGACUGCUCAAUGUAAAAAAAACAAAAAAGAACUAGUGAUAGGGGAGCCAUUGCUGUUCAGUCACUAGAAAGGCCCCUUUCCCCACCCAUGGCCAGUAGAUGGGUUUAUUAAAUGAAUAAAAACACAGCAACAUCCUAAUGUCCCUUGCCUGCCCCCACCCAUGUUAAGCAGGUGGGGGCUACUUAUCAUACAGAGGGGACCUAUUGUCCUCCAGCCCCAAUCCAUAGGCAGCACAUGUGGGUUCUAAUCAUAAUUCUAGGUAUGACCUAGUUUCCCUCAGCCUCCACACAUAGGUAAUGGGGGUGUCUCUAAUUAACAAACAAGGGGGGAACUAGUGUCUCUAAUUAAAUAUAAGAGGAUGGUGAAGGUACCAUUGUCCACAUCCCCCCUCAAAAUUGCCCAAAAUUCUCUCCGAGAUUGCUAGGGGUCCCCAAGCCCUUGGCCACACCCACCCCAUUGAAAUAGAGGGAGACUUGCCAGUCAGACAAGCCAACCAAUCAGAGCACUCUGAGAAUUCAAAGCAUGGGAAAACCUUAAAAGCUUAUUCUGCGCAGAAUCCUCAAGGGACAACAAGGGAUCUAUUUUUUGUUGGAGUCAUUUUUUUCUGCCUUUUUUUUUCUGUGAAUUAAUUUUAUUUUGGAGGGGGGGGGGGGCAGAAGUUUCUGAAGGUAACUGUAUAUUUUUUUUUAUUUUACAGGAAUUAGAUUUAUUGGCCCCCACUCACUAUUAUUAUGGUCAUGGGAUGGGUAGGGUUUGCUUGUUUUAAUGUGGUUGGCUAAGGGUUUGGGGUCCCCUUGCAACCUGUGAGAAGAAUUAUUGGCAAUUACAAAAAAAUAUAAUCCAGGGAUUGUUUAAAAAUCUGAUCAAUCUAAAUUCAGCAGAGACAUCAAAAUUAUAUUGUUUUUACUAGCAGUCUACAAUUGUGGGACAUGUGCACAUAUAUUUCUGCUUAAUAUUGAUAGUCACCAAAAUAAAGGAAAUGGUGUGAAAAUGAAUCUGUUAGAACUCUCCCUCAUGAAAAGAACAAAAUAGCUUACCCAUUACAUUUUUUUUCAUUUGUUUCAGGUUUUGGCCAAACAGUGAUUCAGAGUUGCAGAAUUUUGACAAAUCAAGUCAGAUGUCGAUCCUGCUGCAAAUUCACUGGCUGAGAACGUCAGCUGACUGCUCUUAGCAAAUUAAUGAGUGUCUGUGCUACGACAUUUGCACAGAAUUGACAUUAGCCAGCCGGACCUCUUCUUCCUGGCUGGCUGGUGAAGCUCCCUGAUGCUGAGGUGGAGUUCCACUUUCAACAGAAAAGGGGUUUAACUCAGUAUGUACAGCGUAUCACAAUAGUAUUUUACAGUGUAUCACAAUGAAGCACUGCAAGUACAGGUUUCAGGCACCAUGACCACUUCCAAUCACUCAAGUGGUCAUGGUGCUUGUACUAACCCUUUAAUAAUAUAUAUUGUUCAGACAUUUAUUUAAAGGAUGUGCUGAAUAAAUUGAUACUUUUUCAAGAAAUUAUCAUAAUAUAUACCGUAUACCGUCUGUGUAUAUAUAUAUAAAAAUGUGUAGUGUAAUGUUGUAUUGUAUGGUAGGAUUGUGUUUAUAAAUUGUAGGAAAACCACAUUUAGAAAUGUACUAUCUCUUUUGCAGAUGGAAUAUUUUUUUCAAGAAUUCUCUGGAUAUCAUGGAACAUUAAUUAAACCUUACUACUGGCUUUAUCACAAUCAAUAUUGUUUGAAGUGUCCUUAUCAUAUACGGACUGGGGAAGAAUCCAGAGUAACAUAUGGAGAGUUCUAUGAAGCUUUUGGAUUCCCAUAUGGGCCCACAAUGCCUGAAAAUAAGCAGCUGAUAUUUUAUGAAGUUAAGGCUUUUUCCGGAGAGGUCUUACAAAAAGGUCAAGUUACAAACUGCGUCAGUUCUAACAUUCAUGCAGAAUCCAUGUUGUUCGAGGAGCACGGUUAUGUAGACUCCUUUCUCUACCACCAUGAGUCUAUUGGUUACAUAACACUGUAUACAAAUUACACACCGUGCAAUGAAUAUGCUCAUUGCUGUACCAGCAAAAUGCAUGAUUUUCUAAUCAAACAUCCACAGAUACGCCUGGAUAUUUAUUUUUCUCAGUUAUAUCAUGUGAACGAGGACAAUUUUUCAUCUGUUUGGAAUCGUGAGGCUUUAAAGAGCCUUGCUGGUUUUUGGCCAAGAGUGACGUUAAACCCAAUAAGCAAUGGGAUUUGGCAAACCAUUCUGUAUAAUUUUGUGAAAGAAGCUCCAGCAACAUCCUUAUACCAACCUGUUCUUCCGAUCCGGGCAUCUACAGACAGUUACAAUGCACACAUGAUACAUGUCAUUACAGGGAUAAAACCUUAUUUUGUCGAUGUUCCACCUGAACCAAAACCUAAAAUAAUUAGCCGCCGCCAAGACAUCCCAAUGGGUAUGAUGAACUACAGUUCAAUUCCUCAGGCUCAGCAUGGCAACUAUCAAUACUUGCCAUUCCUAACACCACGCAUGCCUUUUAUGCCUAUACCGGCUCCUGAAUUUCAUGCUCAGAAAGAUUUUGAAUCCAAACCCAAGCAUGUUGUUCGACAUCUAAAAAUGCCUACAGACAUAAAUGAGGGAAUGGAUUUAGGGAAUGUUUUACCAAAUGCAAGAAAGAUUAAUGAAGUUGUAAUCACAGAAAAAGUUGUAAGAGAAAAGGAAAGAGAAAAAAAAGGUAACAGAAAGAAGAAAAAAAGAGAUCGAUCUUGACAACUUUAGAGAUAUAUUGAAGCAGUUUUAUAGAAGGGCUAAAGAAAAGUGGUGGAGAUUUCUAAACAUGGAUCAGUCACCAAAGAAACCAAUGGAAUGAUCCCGCUAACUUUAUUGGUUUAAAUGGAGUUUGCUAUACUUAAAGAUCUGCGCCAUUUAUCUACUGGCGACUAUUUUAUAAACAUACCCCAUAAUUCUAGAGACAACAGAAAAAUGUUUUACAGAAAUUCAUGGACUGUGUAUAACUGGAGUGAAACGCUCCAAGGUAAAUUCUUUCUCAUCUAUUUAGAACAAUGUUGAGCAAUAGCAAGGCUACUUAAAUAGAUUUCUGUCUAUGACUUAAUUAUGACAUAUGUUGAGUAUGCAUAUGAGGUUCUAAAGUAGACUAUUCCUUAACUAAACCUAUUCCGUCAAUUCAUUAGUUUUGGCAUAUACAUGAAUGUGAGGAAUAGAAAAUAAUUAAACAAAAAUUAAAUUAAAUUAAACAUGUACAAAAAAACAAAAAUGUCUAAUGCCCUUCCAAGCACCUUUAAUUGUCUUGUGUCCCUAACAUUUUAAAAAUAAUAUCACAUGGCCACUUAAAAAGAGGUAUGUUUUUUAUUUUUUUUAUUCAUUACUGCUUCUCUAAAUAACUCAUUAAUAAUAUAAAAAGUUCCCUAAAAAAAUCGCAAACUAUUAUGGAAUAAUAUGCAGUUUACACCAGAUCACACCUCACCAAUUGUCACAGUCUGUGGGACUGUCCUGAAUUUGAGGAUCUGUCCUGCCAUCCCAGGUUUGUUUGUCUUUGGAAUCAGCAAAUUAUUAAAUGCUCUUGCUGAGUGCUAGAUAAAUAUAGGGCAUUCAACCCAUGCUGGGAACUCUUCAACAGCACUCAUAUAUCUAUGUGAGACUGGGGGACCAGCACCUUUAUAGGGCAGCUCCACCUCAACCUUAGCAGACGUCCACUCCUGGUAGCCUGCCCACCUCUCUAUCCUUGACCCUAUACCUCCCAUGUUGAGAGGGCUUAAAAUUGCACUCUUACAUUGUAAAAUUCCUCUCUUAAAGGGAUUAUUCUCUAAACAUUGGAUUGUGGUGAACUGAAUAUCUACCUUGACAAAUAUAGGUAAAAAAACUUGGUAAAAAAUUAAACGGAACUACAUUUCUAUCCUAAUGUAUUCAUUUCAAUUUAAUACAUGUAAUAUUCAGCUCCCACAUUUUCCACAAUUUAUUGUUAAGCAGAGAAACCCCUAGCAAAAAUAUGACACAAAAUGUGUAAUGGCUUCGUGCCUGGGACAUACAUGUUUAAUUUCCAUGACUUCUGAAAAUUACAUAUAUACUUUGUAGAUAUGGAAUAUUUGUCUUAAAGUGAUACCAAUUAUUAUAUAGCCAAAAUAUUUUAAUUUAAACAAUGUAUGCACUAAAUAUUAUGACAAUAAUUCACUUUUUGGAUGGUAAUAUGAAAUAUGUAAAUAUAUGUUUUUAAACUUGUUGAAUUCAGUUUUGUUAGACCUGGAUUUAUUUUUGUAUUUUAUUUUGUAAGAAAGACUGAUUUUGAUUUAUACAUUGUUUGAAAGAAAUAAGAAAAGUUAUUGGCAAGGUUAAAACGACUCACAAAUAAACUUUUUUUCCC